CCGACCGCUACUAAACGUUGCGGCUCCUCUCUCCACUCUCCCGGGUCGUCGGCAGGUAGCUGCCGUGUUUUGCGGGAACUCCGGGGCUCUCUUCGUCCGUGUUGGCAAUACGCGCAACACACUCGUGCCCCGCUCAUCAUCCCGAGCGAAUCGCCACUGAGAUCGCGAUCGCUCGCUUACACAAACUUGGACACGUGCGAGUGCCUCCAAUUGCAAUCGCGGAAAAGCCGGACUAAGUCGUGGGUGCUCUUCUUCCAGCGGCAGUUACUAAAUACUGUUGCUGCUGCCAAGCGGCGGAAAUCGUGGUCUGCACAGUGCACCGCAGUGCCGACCCCCCUCACUCCAGUGACACACACGCAAGCCUUCUUCUAUCGCAUAGCCGAAAUCUCCUGGCCGAGGGAACCCUGUUGUGGCGGAGCGGUGUCGCAACUCUUCUUUGCUCCUUGUACCCCGCCAGCAUACGACGAGCCUUUGCCCCGCAACACACUGACAACCGGAUCGUCUCAGGUCAUCGCCACCGUCGACUUCCUUCGAGAUUCCGGUGCCGUCGCCUGGGAGUUGACACCGCUGGCUCGGAGCGCGCGGCGCCGCCGGCUCCGACGACGCUGAACUCGACGCUGGUGGACGAGAAGGACACGACGAAGCAAGGACACUAGCCACAGCUCCAGCUGAGAUGGCGCAGUCGCAGGGACGUCAGAUAGGCUCUGCCUUAACCGCGAGGCCCAUUCUAUUAUGCUGCAUCUUCCUGGUGGUCGUGGCCGUGGUGAGUGCCACCAGUGUACUGGUGACUCUCUACGCGAAAGACAGCCUACGCAUCCGCUGCCUUCCGGGGCCCGUCCAAGUCGAGGUCACUCCUUCGGCGUCAGCGCUCGGCAACUUCAGCCAAUGGGCCGUCUCAACCGACGCCGCACCAUGCACGCCAGUCGCCAGGCGCAUAUUCAAAAAAGGCGGCAAGACAGUGGACGCCGCCGUCGCAACCCUGCUGUGUAUGGGUGUGGUCAUACCUCACUCGAUGGGCAUCGGAGGAGGCUUCAUAGCGACCGUCUACUCACGGUCCAAGAAAAAUGCACAAGUGCUGGUCGCCCGAGAAGUGGCUCCUGCGGGUGCUUCUACCGACAUGUUUGUAAAGAACAAAAAAGGAAGCUUAUUUGGAGGCCUUGCUAUCGGAGUUCCCGGAGAACUUCGAGGAUACUACGAGCUGCAUCAGCACCUGAAUGGCUCACUGCCCUGGAAGGAACUGUUCACGGACGCCAUUCGGCUCGCGAGGGACGGCUUCCCCAUGGGUGCCCAUCUGGCCAACGCUCUGCGGGAAUCGCAGAAUACCGAUACUGUCUUGAAAGAAAACAUCAGGAAGACCUUCUCGAAUCCCGAGACCGGAGAGCUGUUGGCCGAAGGGGAGCUCGUGACGCUCAAGGACUUGGCUAAAACGCUGGAGCUGAUAGCCGAAUAUGGACCGGAUUACUUUUACGAAGGAGAAUUUGCCGAGAAACUCGUCAGCGAAGUCCAGAACAAUGGUGGCAUGCUCACGAUGGAGGACCUGAGGAACUAUCAGGUCAAGUGGGAGAAGCCGGUGACGGCUCGCUUCAAGGGUGGCAAGACCAUGUACUCGGCACCACCACCUGCGAGCGGCGCCGUGCUAGCCUACAUCUUGGGCAUAAUGGACGCUUUCCGACCGUCGCCGGGAUCAUUCUUGGACGACACCGUGACCACCCUUCACAGGUUCGCUGAAGCUUGCAAGUUUGCUUAUGCCAAGAGAGCUCUCCUAGGAGACCCCAGCUUUGUUCAUUGUGAGCCGCUUGUCCGCAACAUGAGUUCGCGGGAGUACGCCGCGAAUGCGAGAUACAAGAUCAGCGACGAGCAAACGUUCUCGGACCCGCACUACUACGGCUUCGUGGACGAGGUCUCAAAGCCUGACAAGGGCACGGCGCACGCCACUUUCUGGGGAGCUGACGGUGACGUCAUCGUUGCCUCCAGCACUGUCAACUACUACUUCGGAAGCAUGCUGCGAACCUCGACGGGAGUGGUGAUGAACAACCAGAUGGACGACUUCUCGACGCCAGGCAUGCGCAACUUCUACGGCGUGGCGCCCUCCGAGGCGAACUUCAUCGUCCCGGGAAAGCGGCCCAUGUCCUCGAUGGCGCCCGUAGUGGUCGUUGACGAAAACGGCGACGUGCAGCUUGCAUUGGGCGGCACGGGUGGCGCGAAGAUCACAUCAGGCGUUGCGCUGGUGGUCAUGCGGACGCUGUGGCAGAGAAACAGUAUAAAGGCGGCCAUCGAUUAUCCAAGGCUCCACCAUCAGCUCAUACCGAAUCACCUGAUGGUUGAAUCGUUCUUCCCGAAGGCUUACGUGGAAGAGCUGCGAAAGCUUGGCCACAAGGUGACCUAUCCGAAAGGAAGGUUUUCGAUCAUGAUGGGCGUUAGCAAACACAGCGGACGCCUGUACGCGAACUCCGACUUCAGGAAAGGCGGCACUGUGGACGGAAUCUGAGCCAACUUUCACCGUUUCAUCGUCGUCACUGUAGAUAGUGCGCGUCUUUGAGAACUGCACGGCCGCGGCCAUUGCUACGGCUGGAAAAUGGUGUGCUUUUUUCUCUGUCGCUGCGCUCGCGAACACUGCGCAGUGGUGAGAGAGAGGCUCUAUUGUGACGAACUACCUGCCUCAACCGUACAUGAAGUGCAUGAAGAAAAAGUGAACGUCAAGGCGACACUAGACAAUCCACGAGCGACGUAUGGUGGACGUUUUAAGUGAUUUGUUACGACGCCUAUUUUCUUUUUUUUUUCAUUUUCUUGAACGCGAAUGAGAUCCGCAUAGGCUACAACGGCUUGGACUCGGUAGCUCCAUUUGUUGUAGUAGCGAAGUGUUUUCACUCGGGUUUACGGCUUGACGUGACUCGACUUGGAUUUGUGUCGGGCAAAUGAUCGAUUAAGCAGUCAUCGCUAUUACUCACCUGUGGCGAUUCCUCAUAAUUUCUAGCGUGAGUUUGUACUACUACAAAAUGCGAAGAAUGCUGCACGGAA